CCAUAUUGGAUAUCUAUCAAGUACUUGGUAGAUCACUCUUGCUAUGUAGACUUAGCGUUCGAUGUACUCUGGAACAAAGUGUAUACCGACUGUGUGUUUUGUAGACCACUCAAAGACACCUGCAUAACUACUGAGGAAUCGUCUGGUGGUGUGGAAGUUUUCGAACAGGGAGUAAUAGUUGCGUGGUUUACAUGUGCAUGGGUCAUAUGGAAGCCGAGAAAUGGGAAAGUAUUUCACAAAAGUGAAGUAAGGGUGAAAAACUUAGUGGAUGAAAGAAAAAUUGUAGCUUGGAAUUGGUUGAAAAUUAAAGCUCGGAGUUUAUAAAUAUAUAAAUAGAAUAGAACAGAUAGAGAUACAAUUAGGGUUUGGGCGCAAAGGAAGAAUGGGAGGCGGGAAAAAGAAGAAGACUCGGCAGAGUAAGGGAGGCGGCGAAAAGAAGAAUUGGUGGGAGAAGAGUGGUGGUAAUUCGGAUUCGCUGUGGGUAGGGAAAUAUCGUAUUCUGGUGAAGGCCUGUACUAAUGGAGUGAAAUCACUAUUUUUCGUUGUGGAUCUGAAACAGCAGAUGAUUGUAACGAAACAUCCGUAUUUUGUACAUAGCGACACAUAUUUCAAUUCCACGGCGGUGCUUAAUGAAGAAGGUACUCUCUCUCCGUCUUCAAUAUCGGUGUCGAGUACAAAAAAUCUACAUACUCAUCUACUCUAGAUUUGACAACAACUCCACCCACCCAUAUGGUCCGAUUGGGUAAAAUUCUCCAAACUGAAUAUUAAUAUGCAUUUACCACAAUCAGCUGUCCUUGACAACAAUAUCUUUGUAUUCGGAUUUACAAAUAUUCAUCUCCCUGAGGAGGAGGAGGAGGAGGAGGAUGAGGAGGAGGGGAUAGACGCUGAGGUCUAUCAGAUCGGCGGCGACGGCAAGUGGGAGAAAAUAACUAUCCCAUCUGGCUUUCUCAAAGUUAAACCCAUUUCCGAUCCCAACAACAAUCGCCUCAUUGCAUACUUUGAUUCCUUUUAUGCUUACAAUCCCAACAACAACAUUGAAAAAUGGGCUUUGCUUCAUCAACAAAAACUUUCUAAAAAAGAUAUAUUCUUUUUGAGUAACUUUCAUGUUAUGGCCGAUCAAGUUGUGGGGGACAACCUUAUUUUAUUCUUUGACCCAUCUGAUCAAAUGUUCAUGGCUCAUAACAUUUCCACCAACAAGUGGCUCACUGUUGUUUACUCUAAUAAGUUUGAUUACAUUAUCUAUUUUAAUAAUACUAUGUCUCAAUUGGUUCAUUUGGGGAAUGAUAUACUGUGCUUGGCUGAUUCCUGCUACCACCAAUAUCAGGACGGUAAGCAUACUGUUCUUAACUUUCUCAGAUUCAGUGUCAAGCUUGUCAAAGAAGAAGAAGAAGAUCGCGUACAACUCACACCUCUCUCUUUCCACUCUAUAGUUAUGGAUGAUGAUAUCCGUCGCGUCACCGAUGCUUUUAUCCCUUUCUAGGACUCUGGACUGUAUUGGAUAUCAUUCAAGUACUUGGUAGAGCAUUCUUUCUAUGUAGACUUAAUGCUUUAUGUACUCUGGAACAAAGUGUAUACCAACUGAGGUUUUGUAGACCACUCAAAGAUCAC